AUGAACUCAGAAGCUGAGAACCCUGUGGUCUGGCGCAGACAAAACAGCUACAAUCUAAAGCAGAACAAGAGCGACAAUAAUAUUCCACCACAGCAGCUUAUACCACGGGCUAACCAGCAGCAGCAGCAGCAAGAACAGCAAUCUGACCUCAAUCUCGCAAACAUUCUACAUUAUUUACAAUCAGAAUGGAGGAGAUACGACCGUGAUCGGAACGAAUGGGAAAUAGAGAGAGCCGAAAUGAGAGCCAGGUUGGCACUUCUUGAGGGCGAGAAGAGAGCCUCCGAUAACGUCAAAUCUGAUCUCCUCAGACGCGUAAGAAUGCUAGAGUACGCUCUCAGGCAAGAGAGAGCAAAAUACAUCGCACUCUCACAACCACGCUCUACUUCUCCAAAAUCAGCCAACUCUGGCGAAUCUAUUAAUGAAAAGCCAGGCGUGUCUGCUAUACACCCAUCCAAAAAAGCCUCUUUGAAGGACAAUGAUGGUUCUGACAGCCAGAAGUCAGACGACAGUCAAACGCUAGCUAGCAGCAAUACACUUCUCAACAACCAUAACUCUAAUUUACCACAAUGGUUACGCUCUACUAAUCCAUCAAAAGACACCAAGACACGCGCUAAAAGUCGGCAGUAUUUACAACAAUGCCUUGAAGAAAUCACUUACCUUACCCAUCCUACAACUCUCAAUCCAUUGACUGCAAGACCACACAAGGAUGCUGAUGGUUUUCAAGUUGAGAAACUCCCACAGUCAGUUCCAAUGGAAUCCUCUUCACCUAGUAAUAGCAACGACAAUAACAAUGAUAAUAGUAAUAACCAACCCAUGGAGAAAUUAGAUGAACAACUUUCAAAUUCUCUAUCAGAUUCUGUUUCUAUUAAGGAAAGCCCUGCAGGUCCUAUCGUUUCACAACCAAUCAUUGAAACUCAAGAAUCUGUACAGGCUACACUUGCGCCACCAACUGGGCCAUCGUCACCACCUGCAGUGACUACCAAUGAUUUAAUAAGGAAGGAUGAAAAUGUUGAAGAGCAAACUGAACAAGUUGAUCAAAAUGUCGAGCAGCAACCUGAGCAAACCGUUCAAAAUGACAAAAACGAUCGAGAGCUGGAACAAAGAAUUCCAGAAAAUGAAAAUGAACAAGGACCGGAAGAUGAUCAAGAUGACCAAACAGUUAUUGACGAUUCUGACGAUCACGACCCCGAAAAUGAGUCUGAAACGACUUUUACACAGACUAAUGAAGAAAAGGAUACCAAUCAAUCUAUUGAGUUGAAAGAACAAACCGACAAUUUAGUACCACCUGAAAAUCCCUUAAAUGCUCAACUACCUGAAGAGCAAGUUAAACCAGAAGAAGAUAAACCAUCACAAUCUGCUAUCCAUUUGACUACCACUGUUGACGAUGAUAAUGAUAAUGAAAGUAUACGAUCAGCAACGUCUUCAAUGUCUUCGUCACAAGGUCUUUGGAAGUCCUGGAAGACCUUGAAGAGUCACAUUGAUCCAGUUAGAGCUGUCGUUUUCAAAGAUAUAAACCCUGAACAAGCAUUGAUGAUGACAGCCGGUGAUGAUACAGUUCUCAAAUAUUGGAAAAUACCGAAAGACACUAACUCAAUUGAGGAAAUCCAACCAAUCGUCAAUUUGAGAGGUCAUACUGCACCAAUUACGUCUAUAGCUGUGUCCAAAACGAAGAAUGUCGUAUAUACAUCAAGCAUAGACACAACUAUCCGUGAAUGGGAGAUAACAGAUCAAGAUGGUGAUUUACUCGAUUUAGACAAGCUCAUUGGAAAAGUGUACGAAGGUCAUACGAACGCUAUCUGGGGAUUGGCAUGCACGUCUACUGGAAAGUUGAUCAGUGCAGCAAGUGACUCUACCAUCAAAAUAUGGAAUGAGAAAACCGGUGAAUUAGAAAGGAGUAUUAAUGUCGAAAGACCUUGUUCAUCUGUCGACCUCUAUGAGGAGAAUGAUGAAAUGAAAUUAGUAGUAGGAUUAACUGAUAAAAGAGCGAUAAUGAUUGAUUUGAAUAAAUCUGAUGAAAAUUAUACAGAAUUUCUAGUAGAUGAUGCCCAAACUGAUAAUGACACAUCUGUACAAUUCAAUGAUCUGGUUAUAGAUGGUGAUAGAAUGUAUAGUGCUCAUGAAGAUGGUAAGAUUAGAUUAUGGUUAUUACCGGGAGGUCAACGAUUGGAGACACUCAUCGCGCAUCUCGACAGUUGCACUGCGAUUGCUUUUCAACCAAAUACUAGAAUAAUGGCUAGCGCAAGUCAUGAUUGCUCAAUACGCUUUUGGACAACAGACAAAUUCAGUCAAAUACACAGUCCAGGUGUUGCACACGCAGCUUGCGUGCAAGAAUGUGGUGGACAUAAGAAAGUUUUCAGUGAAGGUGUCAACCAAAUCGCAUUUACACUCGAUGGUGACCUCUUUGCAAGUGCAGGUGGAGAUGGUAAUGUUAAGUUGUAUUACAAAUAAGAGAUAUUUUCAUAUAUAAUAUAAUAUAGUAUAAUAUAUAUAUAUAUAUAUAUUGAUGAUAAAAAUACACAAAAGAGAAAAAUUUCAAGUGAUUUCCACAUGCAUAGAACAUACAACGUCAAUAAAUUUAGACGUCAGCGUGUGCUGGGAACUCAAAGACGACAUCCUUGCCUGCGAGACGCUUGUAGAUAGACUCGAAUGAGGUGAGCUUGUGCUCGAGGAUGUGUGAGUCCUUUGGAUCAAGGUAACACUUGAUCAACUUGCUACCGUCAGCAGAUUGACGAAGACGCUUACCAACGAUUUCAGAUGGGAAGACGAUAUCGUCGAGGAUAGCUGAGUGGACAGCAGUAAGAGUACGUGAGCGUGGUCUUUGUUGAGUUUGCUUGGUGUUACGGGUUGGCUUUGGAAGGAUACGACGUUGAGCAACGAAGACGACGUGUCUGUCAGAGAACUUCUUCUCUAACUCACGGGUCAAACGUUGUUGGACCUUGUGGAAAGCCUUGAGUUGUGGGACAGGGACGAAGACGACGAUGGCCUUCUUACCACCCUUGACAUCAACCUCACGGGCAGAUGAGAUGGUGAGUGGAGCAAGCUCAGCCUUGAGGUCUGGGACGUUGUUGCCCAAGUCAACAAGAGCUUGGCCGACAGCCAAUUCAAUUUCGUCUGGUUGUACGCGGGCUGCGUUUGCUGAGCGUUGAAUCUUGCUGGCCAUUGCUGCUAUUAUCCCUGGUGGUAGUACACACU